AUUGUUUACUCCAACACCUGCCCCCAGCUCAGAACCUCAUUCCAAACCCUAACUGAAGCCAGUUGGUCCUGAAACGUUUUUGGUGACAGCCUAUAUUUAAAAAAUUAAGAUUGUAAAAGAAACAAAAUGGUGAAUUUUGUAUAUCCGGAGGAGUUGUACAUGUUCGUGGAGAGUAUCCGUCCGUUUGAGGUACGCGAUGUGGGCAGUAGCAAGUGGCUGGAGGUCCACGAGAUGGUGAUUAAGCUGAGCCAGCAAGCGGCUCUGGAGCUGGCCCAGAAUCGCGAGGAGGAGGUCAAGGAGUUCCUCAUCUCGCGCGACAAGCUGCGCCUGCUGAUUCACGAGGCCUAUUGUGUGACCUUGUGGAAGACCCGGGUGUUGCCGCACCUCUUGGAGAUUGAUCCCAAUCCGCAGGCCACGUUCCUAAUAUACACGGUUCUCUACCAUGAGGCUGCCGUCGUGGCUCUUCUCGACGUCUGCCUGUAUCAUCCAAGUGGCUGUGAGACUCUACAGGAAUCGGUGCUGGACCUGGUGGACUACUGUGCCCAGGCUGUGGCGCAGGUGAUCGGGUUGGUCAGCAUGGGCUACCAUGAGAACGAAUCCAAGCUGGAUGUGGACGAGGCGGUGCUCACUGAGCUGGAGCGUCAGAAGCGCGACCUCAUCUACAAGAUCGGGCUGCGUUGCAUCUCCAUUUUGAAUUAUCUGGCCGACAACAUAGAGCUGUUCCAUUUGAGUGCCAAACGUCGUAUGUUGGUCACCCACGACAUACCCUGGCUCAUGGUGGAUGUCCUUUGUUUCCGUCCGUGGCAGAGGAAGACUAGCAAGGGAUUGCAGAAAUUCAUCGACGAGAAGUGGACUAACGUGGACGAUGUGGCCAAGAUUGUCAAGCCAGAGGCCCAAGCGUGGUUCUGUGUGAGACAACUGCUCCUUAAUGGCCAGGCCAUGGAGCAUUACACUUUGAACGAAUCUCGUUGCAAGCAGUUGUACAAGCUUCUGGGCCUCAUGCACGAGACCCUACUGGAUCAGCUGCCGCCUCUUAUUGAGCUGAAGCAGUUCCUCAGCCGGCUGACCCUGGCAGGGACCCCGGGUUCCAAAUCGGACACUCUACUGCUGGAGGAUAUUCCCCAAAUUCAAGAGGAGCUGAUGAAGGAGGUGGACCGCGAUGGCGGUUUCUACCAGAUUGCUCAGGCCCAGGACUCAGUGUUCCUCAGCAAGAACAAGAACGACAUAUGCGCCUUGGCUACGCGCUUGAGCAGUGCCUAUGGCACGGAGCUGCUUUGCGAACUGGAGCAGACCAUUGAUGAGACCGGUGCAAAGGAGGAGCCGGCACCAAGUGACUCGGGAGCCGGCGGGGAUGGAGGAUCCGCCGAGCACCACUGUGCCACCUGCCAGGCGAAGGCCAAGAAGAAGUGCGCCAACUGCAAGCAGGUGCACUACUGUUCCCGUGACUGCCAGUUGAAGGACUGGCCAAAGCACAAGGCGGCCUGCAUGAAGGACGAAUCAUAAUCCUUUUAUAAACAUUUUUAAACACAUUUGUCUAGUUUCCAUAGAAUAGAGCAUUCCAAAAAUGUAAA